GGCAAGAAACCAUGCCGGCUCUUCUUCUGCUCUUGCUGUUGAGCAUGGGCGGAGAGUUGGUCUCGUGCUCGUCCGCCGACGAGGGCCAGUUCGCCUUCCAGGGCUUCGCGGCGGCGAACCUUACGCUGGAUGGUCUCGCCGCCGUCAUGCCCAACGGCCUGCUCGCACUUACCAACUUCACCCUCCAGACGAAAGGCCAUGCCUUCAACCCCACCCCUCUCCGCUUCCUCGACGUCAACGGGGCGACCAACUCCACUGCCGUGGCGCGGUCCUUCUCCACGUCCUUCGUGUUCGCCAUCGUCUCCAACUACGACGGCCUGAGCGACCAAGGGCUCGCCUUCGUGGUUGCCCCGACCACGAACCUCUCAACGGCGAUCGCCGGGCAGUAUCUGGGCCUCCUCAACGCGACGAACGGCGCCGCGAGCGACCACAUGCUGGCAGUCGAGCUCGACACCAUCAUGAACCCAGAGUUCCGCGACAUCAACAGCAACCACGUGGGCAUCAACGUCAACAGCCUCAUUUCGCGGAAGGCCAAGCCGGCCGGCUACUAUGGCGAUGACGGUGCCACCUUUCGAGACCUGAUGUUGAACAGCCGCGAGCCGAUGCAGGUGUGGGUGGACUACGAUGGCCAGGCCAGGCAACUCAAUGUGACAUUGGCUCCUGCGCAGGAGCCCAGACCGAGGUAUCCUCUCCUCUCUGAAGCCAUUGAUCUCUCCACUGUCCUCACGGACACAAUGUAUGUUGGCUUCUCGUCGUCGUCCGGCGUGGUGUCGACGCACCACUAUGUGCUUGGAUGGAGCUUCAGCUUGGACGGGCCUGCCCCGCCUCUUGAUUUCUCUAAGCUUCCAGCACUGCCGCGUGUGGUUUCGAAGCAUCGGUCCAUGAUCUUGGCUCUCGUGCUUCCACUAGCCACCGUAUUGAUCAUCGCCGCGGUCCUAGCUGCCGCCUCCUUCUUUGUGUGGCGCCGGCGUCGAUUUGCUGAGGUUCGCGAAGAUUGGGAGGAUGAGUUCGGCCCACACCGGUUCGCAUACAAAGAUCUAUUUCGUGCCACUGAUGGAUUCAAGAAUGGAAAUUUACUCGGUGCCGGAGGGUUUGGCAAAGUAUACAAAGGGGUACUUCCUGGAUCCAAUUUGGAAAUCGCGGUGAAGAGAGUAUCACAUGACUCAAGACAAGGUAUAAGAGAGUUCAUUGCUGAAGUGGUGACCAUUGGUCGUCUCCGCCACAGGAAUCUAGCACAGUUACUAGGCUAUCGCCGGCGCAACGGUGAACUUCUCUUGGUGUAUGACUACAUGGAAAAUGGUAGCCUUGACAAAUACUUGUACAAUAACAAUGGAGCAACUUUGGAUUGGCCUCAAAGAUAUUGGAUCAUCAAAGGUGUUGCAUCAAGUUUAUUGUAUCUACAUGAGGAUUGGGAACAAGUCGUCAUCCACCGAGAUAUAAAGGCAAGCAAUGUGCUCUUGGAUAAGCAGAUGAAUGGAAGGCUCGGCGAUUUUGGCCUAGCAAGGUUGUACGAUCAUGGCACUGAUGCUCAAACAACACAUGUGGUUGGCACUAUGGGAUACCUCGCACCAGAACUUGUGCGCACUGGAAAGGCAACACCUUCAACCGAUGUAUUUGCAUUUGGCGUGUUUCUCCUAGAGGUUGUAUGUGGACGCAGGCCCAUUGAGAGUGGUCAGCAUAACAAUAGGGUGAUGUUAGUCGACUGGGUGCUUGAGCACCACCACAAUGGCUCAAUCAUUGACACGGUGGAUCCAUGCCUCAUGAGUAAAUUCAACACAGAUGAGGUCACUCUUGUGCUCAAACUAGGUUUGUUGUGCACGCACCCAUCGCCCAAUGUGAGGCCUCCUGUGCAAAAGGUCAUGCAAUACCUCGAUGGUGUCCAAUUAGUUCCUGAUUUACCAUCGACAUACAUGAGCUACAGCAUGUUGGUUCUCAUGGAGAAUGAAGGGUUUGAUUCAUACAUCAUGUCAUGCCCUUCGCCAGGGAUGACCAUCUGCAGUGUAUCCGACGUGUCAUCGGCAACCGUGCUCUCCACUGCGCUUCCAGGCCAGUUCUUGGGCCUCCUCAACGGCACCAAUGGCAACCGGAGCGCCCGCAUCUUCGCCGUGGAGCUCGACACGCUCCUCAACGCCGAUUUCCGUGACAUUAACAGCAACCAUGUCGGUGUCGACAUCAAUAGUCUGAUAUCCAUCGAUUCCGCCGACGCCGGAUACUACGAUGAUAGCACAGGUCGGUUCCAGAACCUAAGCCUGAUCAGCCGGAAGGCAAUGCAAGUGUGGGUGGACUACGAUGGCGUGGCCACGGAGAUCACGGUGACCAUGGCUCCCGUGGGCGUGGCCAGGCCCAAGAGGCCGCUCCUGCGGACCACCGUCGACCUCUCGGGUGUGGUGCAGAGCACGGCGUAUGUUGGAUUCUCGUCGGCGACGGGCGUCAUGUCCACACGCCACUUCGUCCUCGGCUGGAGCUUCGCGCUGGACGUGCCAGCCCCGGCGCUGGACAUCUCGGCGCUGCCGGCCUUGCCACGCGUGCGUGAGGACUGGGAGGACGCGUUCGGCCCCCAACGAUUCUCUUACAAAGAAUUGUUUCAUGCGACCAAGGGGUUCAGCAAUAAGAACCUGCUCGGAGUAGGAGGCUUCGGAAGUGUGUACAGGGGUAGACUCCGCAAGCCUGACAAGGAGAUCGCCGUAAAGAGGGUCUCCCAUGAGUCAAGGCAGGGGAUGAAGGAGUUCGUCGCCGAGGUUGCAAGCAUCGGGCGACUACGGCACCGCAACCUCGUGCCGCUGCUUGGUUACUGCCGGCGCAAGGUGGAGCUUCUCCUGGUUUACGAUUACAUGCCAAACGGAAGCCUUGAUAAAUACUUGUAUGAUGGAUCUUCAGGUACACUGGAUUGGCGUCAAAGGUUUCACAUAAUCAGAGGUGUGGCUUCUGGGUUACUGUAUCUCCAUGAGGAUUGGGAGCAAGUUGUCAUCCACCGAGAUGUGAAAGCGAGCAAUGUUCUCCUAGACAGCGAGAUGAAUGGGCGGUUAGGGGAUUUCGGCCUUGCAAGGCUGUACGAUCAUGGAGCGGACGCCCAUACAACACAUGUGGUUGGCACCAUGGGCUACCUGGCCCCCGAGUUAGGACACAUGUGGUAAGGCAACCCCGUCUACCGAUGUGUUCGCUUUCGGUGCAUUCCUUCUGGAAAUCAU